GUUGCGAGGGGUUUAAGAACAAACACAGGCUUGGGGUGGUUUUCAGGUGGGUUUUGUUUGAUCAGACAAUAGCCUAAGUCUCUAGGGUAUUUAUCUUCUUGAUUUUCAAACCAAAAGAGAGUGGAUUCAACAUGGGUUGAAGGUUUCUUCUAAUAUUCACUUAUGUGAGUGAUUAUAUGAGAUAUGGUGUUGCAGAAGAGGUUGAACUAUGGUUUUAAUGGCUAUCAGGUGCCUGUCAUUCCUAGAGCUUCAAGGUCAGCUAGAGGGAGGGGCACAAUCAAGAAGAAACCCGACAACAAUCAGAUACAGGCUUUUGAAAUGUUGGCUAGCGUAGCGGGCAACUUUUUGCAGAAGAAUGAGAGUUCUGAUCCUAAAAAUGUUGUGUUUGUGGAAGAUCCUUGCUCUUUCUGUGGUACUAACAUAAAGGACAAAUAUGAGGAUGAAAGGAGGUCAUUUAUGAGGGACUCGUUUGACCAUGGAGCUUGCAGUGAAAUUGCCUCUGCCUUUGUCCCAAGUAUGCAAGGGAAACAUGACAACCAUAGAGGCAUGGGGGAUUCAUCUUUUCUUGACAAUCAUCUUGAAGGCCAAGGACAAAAUGUCCUUGAGAGGGAAGAUGAAAGGAUCAAAAGGAGAAGUGUAAAUGGGAAAACCAUCCACAUUAAAGGUUGCUCCGAUGGGUUAAUAGAACCAUGCCACAAAGUAUCCAAACAUUGUAGUUUAGCUAAUAAUGCGGAAAAACCAUCGUUGGAGUGUCGCAAGCAUCUUGAUUCUUUUCCCAAUGGUUUUACUUCUAGGAAAUUAGUUAAUAGAGAUGAUGAUGAAAACUUAGUUAGGUGCACACAACUGAACUCCAAGAAUAAUAAUACAUCUGGCGCACCACCUGAUAUGCCAAAAUUGAAGGAUGCAAGUCCUAUUAUGAGUGAUGAGAACAACAGUAGGGACAUUUUCGAGUUUGAAAAUUUACAACGGAUGUAUCCAUUUAAGAAGAGGAAAUUCUUCAAUCAGAAUUCAUCUUCUACAUCUGAUAGGGGGUCUCAAUGUCAAGGCAUGUUUGAUUCUUCUGACACCACCAGGGUUAAUGGCACAAACCAUGCAAUUGAAGAAUCGUCCUCUAUAGUUGGUCAACAAGCACAUUCUGGGUCCAGGGCUUGUAAUGUGAAGCUCAGCAUAAAAUCCUUUAAAGUCCCAGAGCUUUUUAUUGAUAUACCGGAAACUGCAACCAUUGGUUCAUUGAAAAGGACAGUAAUGGAGGCUGUGACAACUAUACUUGGAGAUGAAUUACAUGUGGGCAUCCUUCUUCAGGGAAAGAAAGUUCGAGAUGAUAGCAAAACUCUAAUCCAAACUGGGAUAUCUCAAGAUGACAAACGUCAUAGAUUGGGAUUUAUGUUGGAGCCAAGGCAUACUCCAAUUUCUCCAACUUCAUACAAUGAUGACCCUUGUUUUCUAACCACUAGUUCGCGAAAAAAAUUAUCCAGGCAAUCAACAUCUUUAACAUUACAACAAGGAACGUAUAAUGUAUCCAAAGAACGUUCUAUGAUCAAAAUUGAAAGUUGUGCUAAGGGUGAUCUUAAUAUAGUCUCCUCUCUGGAAGAUACUUCAACUAACAAUAACAUGUCAAAGUGUCGUGCUCUAGUGGCAGUUCCUGCCAUUAACAUGGAGGCAUUGGCGGUGGUUCCAUUCUGGCGCAAAUCUGGAAAUCCUGACUUUGCACAACGCCGAAUCAGGAGGCCAUUCUCUGUUCUAGAAGUAGAAGCAUUGGUUCAGGCUGUUGAAAAACUUGGAACUGGAAGGUGGCGUGAUGUCAAACAACGUGCUUUUGAUCACGCAAAGCAUCGAACUUAUGUGGAUUUGAAGGAUAAGUGGAAGACACUAGUGCACACUGCUAGAAUCUCCCCGCAGCAAAGGAGGGGAGAACCUGUUCCUCAGGAGCUUCUGGAUAGGGUCUUAGCUGCUCAUGCCUAUUGGUCUCAACACCAGUGUAAGCAUCAACUUAAACCACUGUGAGUCAUUUCAAUCAUUGAAGGACGCAGAAGAACAAACACAUUGUUGCAAAAGUACAGUUUCCAGAGUGAAGUAGUGUAGUUAUGAUAAAAGUUGAUAGUAUAUAACGUUUACAUAAUAUACUCAUGUGAUUCCAUAAUUUAUCCUCCCUAAGCCUGAUAAUGUUUUGGUUGCUUGUACAUGAUUGUUUUGGCCUAAAGGAAUAUGGUGUCACUCAUACCACCCCUUGUGGUCGAUUGCUGGUAUGCUAUCAAUAUGCAUACUAGAAUAUAUAAUAAAUAAUGUAUAGUAGUUAAACCUCUUAGAACUUGUUUCUUGGUUGUAUCUUCAUUGUUACUAGCCAUUACAAUGACAUAAAGGAAUACAUAUGAACAAAUACAAAUGAAUAUCUUAUGCCAAUA